ACAGACGCACACCAGACACAAAAAUAUAAUAUACGCUUACAGCACAUGCACAUACAGACACAGUGUGGAUCAUUGAAAAGGAGUGUUGCUUUUUUUAAACCAUGCACACUACCGUUCAAAAGUUUGGGCUCACUUAGAAAUGUCCUUAUUUUUAACAGAAAAGCAGUUUUUGAAGAUAACAUUAAAUUAAUCAGAAAUACAGCGUAGACAUUGCUAAUGUGGUAAAUGACUAUUCUAGCUGGAAAGGGCAGAUUUUUAAUGGAAUAUCUGAAUAGGGGUACAGAGGAACAUUUCCAGCAGCCAUCACUCCUGUGUUCUAAUGCUACAUUGUGUUAGCUAAUGGUGUUGAAAGGCUCAUUAUGCAAUUAUGUUAGCACAUGAAUAAAAGUGUGAGUUUUGUCUGGGUGACCCCAAAGUUUUGACUGGUAGUGUACAUGCUCUUAUUUUGAAGGGAUGAAAUUAUUUGGAAACUGAAUGGAUUCACUAAUUUGAAAUGAUGGAAUGUAAAUAUUAUACAUAUAGAUAGGACCAAAGCAAAAAGCAACAACCUCAUGCAGGCCUCCACUUUUGUUUGUCAUCUGCUUUGUGUUACCAGCAUGACAAUAUAAUGAGCUUUAACAUAAAUAUAAACAAGGGGCAUGACUUUCUUUGUAAGUCAUUUAAUGCUUUUACUUGGUCACAGAGAGCCAGUUGUUGUCAGAAAGAAAUCAAAUGAUAGCUGAAAAGGUUUUUAGCAAUAUGAAGCAGCUAGAUGUUUCAUUUAUUGGAUAUGAGUACAAAUAUGAAAUGAAACCUGAUCUGUGACUGUGUGAGAAUGCAAAUCUGGGAACUAUGUAGGUGCUUUUGAUAUAGCUGAGAUGUUACAGCAAAUACGCUAACAUUAGUUAUAUAAAUCAGCAUUAGUAAUUUACAUAUCAGGUCAUGUAAAUGUAGAAACGACAGACAUGUAAGAAACAAAAAUAGUCCUCUGACAACAAAGGCAGUGGUGACAGGCUGGACUAUUAGUGGAUUUAUACAUCUUGAGUAACUUUAAAGAUCAAAAUUAAAAAAAUAAAAAUAAAUAAAAAUUGUGAGGUGUGAAAAAAAAAACAGAAACAGAGCUGUCAACCACAGCAUUUAAAUAAAUCAUGUUAUGAUUAAAAUAAAUUACAAUACACUACUGUCUAAUGUCUUGGUUCAAGCUUGACAGACUGUAAAUACGUCUGCAACACGGGGCUAAAGUAGCUCAUCAAAGUACACACUCUAGAUAUAAUUUUGUCACGGAGAUGAAACUGCAAAGUUCUACGACUGUGGAGCUACACAACAAGAUGUAACAUCCCCUCUGUGAAAAGACAACACCUUCAUGGCUAAAAGCAUUCUCAAGAGUCACGGCUUCUCAUGAUGUUUACCAGAAUCAGGUCAGGAUUGUGUCUCAAACCACAUUUUCUCUCACUAAAACAUUAUGCAAGAGCCAAACGAGGCACAAAGUGUAAUAUUUAGCCGCACGGAAACGUUAACGUGAUGACAAAAACCAAGACAGGUCAUGUUUUGUAUGUUUUUGUAGUACGUAUCUGCACCCAACCAGCAACUCCUGGAACCUUUCCCUCGUUUUAGAUGCUCACAAUCAGAUUUUAGAGUUCUUUUUUUUUUUUUUACAACCAUCCCUGCCUGCUUUUGUUUCUCUUUGUUUCUCCUGCAGCGUUCUUCUCAGUGGUCUAAGCACCAUCCUCACUGUGGAGAUCUGAUGUUUGCUAUCAGGGCAGAGUCUGGCGUCCCACUGUGGCCCUUUACCAGUGACCACUGGUGCCAUGGGAACAAGUAGAUCCAACAGGUACAGCAUUGUGUCAGACAUCUUACCAGAGGAGGAACGUCAGAAGAUCUCUAGCUUAGGACUCCGUAACGGCCACAGUUCACCCAACAUCAGAGCACGCUCAUCCUGUGACUCUGAAGACAGUAGGAGGAGGUCGGGAGCCUCCGCUGUCCUGCCCGGCACAAGGGGACAAGGAGGGAUGAACAACUACAACGGGAAGAUUCUGACAAGGGGCUCCACCCAAGUGCGGAGCCGGUUUGUGAAGAAAAAUGGACAAUGUAAUGUUGUGUUCACCAACUUGGAGGAAAGGAGGCAGCGUUACCUAGCUGACAUCUUCACCACCUGCGUGGACAUCCGCUGGAGAUACCUGCUGCUUAUAUUCUGCUGCAGCUUCAUGGUCUCCUGGUUGCUUUUUGGUAUCGUCUUCUACAGUGUCUCCCUGGCACAUGGAGACUUUGCAGAGCACCCUACGCUCAAGGGUGACGGCUUGGCAGUGGGAGGGCUGCAUGGACCCACGUCUGGACAGCUGGGGCCAACACAAAGGAUGCCCUGCAUCCUUCACGUCCAGGGGUUCGUUGGAGCGCUCCUGUUCUCUAUGGAGACCCAGACCACUAUUGGUUACGGCUGGCGUUGUGUUACGGAGGAGUGCCCCGUUGCCGUGAUAACAGUGGUGAUACAGUCCAUUAUAGGAUGCAUCAUUGACUCUUUCAUGAUUGGCACCAUCAUGGCCAAGAUGGCUCGGCCAAAGAAGAGAAACCAAACCCUCAUGUUCUCCAAAAACGCAGUAAUUGCUCUGCGCGACGGCAAGCUGUGCCUCAUGUGGAGGGUGGGCAACCUGCGGAAGAGCCACAUAGUGGAGGCUCAUGUCCGUGCACAGCUCAUACGUUCAUAUACCACCGCUGAGGGUGAGUUCAUCCCCUUAGAGCAGAUGGACCUCAAUGUGGGCUACGAUGAGGGCACGGACAGGCUGUUUCUCGUAUCUCCACUGGUUAUAGUCCACGAAAUAGACAAAGACAGCCCCCUGUAUACUUUAAGCCGAGCUGAUCUGGAGGCAGAUGACUUUGAAAUCGUUGUGAUCUUGGAGGGGAUGGUGGAGGCCACGGCCAUGACCACCCAGUUCCGUAGCUCCUAUCUUGCCAGAGAGGUCUUCUGGGGUCACAGGUUUGAGCCUGUGAUCUAUGAAGACCGGGACCGCUACAAGGUGGACUACGCUCGCUUCCACAUGACCUAUGAGGUACCAUCAACGCCACAUCUCAGCGCCAAAGAACUCGACGAAGCCGCGAGCCGGCCUUCUUCUGCUGCUUCUCCGGCAUCUGCGUGUAGAUCCGCAAAAGACUUGAUCCCCAGGUCGCUGAGCGCCUUCUGCUAUGAAAAUGAGGUGGCGCUGAGCUGUGGGGAGGAAGAGGAUGACAUAUUUGACUCCUCUCAGAUUGUAGGGAAGGAGAGAGCAGAGGAAAGAAGGACUUCAGUUUCUGUUGACUUCCAAAACAUGUUUCAUGACACGGCAACCAUGACCUCAGGCAGCCAUAAUGUCAUGUGUGUUCUGGACAUGGACAACAACCAGAUGGAGUUUGACAUCCUACAGACUGCCAUUCCUCUGGAUCCAGUGACCUAUAAGAGCGAGCAAGAGAUCUGAAGAGUGGAGGAGGGGUUGGGUCUACCUCGUCGUUCCUCUUUCACCCAGAAAGUUGGACCUGAAAAGGGAUUUCUUGGUGAUGUCUUCAGCUUUGGUCUGCAUGUACAAAAGCUGAAGCCCCGUUUUUUUUUGCCUUUCCAGUGUUGUUUUCUAUUCAUACUUGUUAGUUUUUCUUCUUGCUGCGAUUAAUCAUUGGAAAAAGUCUCCAAAAUAGCUUUCCAGGAAGAGCAGAACAACAAACCACAGUGAUUCUGCAGACAGUGACAGGCUUUGGGCUCUCGUUUGUUAUGAUUUCACAACCAAAGGAAAGAAGAACGGCAAAACUCCAGAAACUUGUCAUGUUUUAGACUGUAUGUAUAUUUUUAGUAGUUCUAAAUGAUCUAAAUGAUCUAUAUCUGAGAAAUAUCUAUUUUUUCUGUGAAUGUGAACAAGAUAUUUUCUGAAAGGAAUGGCAAUUCUGAUGUCAUACUAUUCUUUUUCUAAAAGAAGAUUGAACUCAAGACUUUUAUGGUUAGUUCCAAACAAGAAAAUGUUGGACUAUUUGUGCUUGAUAAUUUCGAUGUUCUUCAUGGACCUCAGUGGUCAUCGUUCCAGCAAUAGUUCCCUGCUAUUUCCAAAUCUGUGACACUGUCCGUUCAGUUAAAUCUUUUUCUGAAAAAUACAAAAAAAGAAACCCUUCUUUUUUAAAGUAUUUAAUAUACUUUAGUGAAAACCUGUUGUUGAUUUUGCUGUGCAGUAACAACUAAACCAUUCCAAGUGCAAUCACGAAGUGUAACAGAAAAGCUGAAUGUGAUUACGAUUCGUUAAGACGAUAAUUUUUAACAAACGUGUAGAUUAAUUGCAAAUUAGAGAGCCGUCACUGCAUUUUCAAUCUUAUGUUAAACCAGAUUUUGUGAAUUUAAAGCGAAUAUGUUGAAAAUAAUUCAGUUUUAUUAGUUUUUUUUAGGUCCUAAAAAGAAUCUAACUUUAUUCACUGUAGUUAAAGUAGACUUUAUGCUUACUUGAUGGGUCACUUUAAAACUUUUCUUUCUUGGUUUGUUUCUCGUGGAGGUUACGGCCCGUGAUAACAGAAACAUUACUGAGAAGAGGCUUUAAUUUUGUUUUUGUUUUGUUUUUUGCUGUUGCUGUUCGCCAAAGGUCUGGAGUUGGAAAGAAAAAAACACAGAGCGCCUCUGAUUUAUUAUUUGGAAAGUGGAACAAACAUGCUGCCUAAGUGUACUGUGAUAGUAGGAAGGUGUGAAGCACAACAGGAAACAAAGGGAUGGAGGUUGUUAGAGCAGUCGGUGGAAACGUGCAAUAAGUCAUUGGACCUGGACGGAGGAGCGGGUCAUGUGUAACUGUAUGCCCUGAAUGGAUUUGCCCUCUUUUUGCAGGGGCAAAAAAGAAGCUGAAAGAAGCAAAUGGUAUCAAACAUAACAGACAUUCAUAGGAAAUGCUAACUGAAUCUGAAAUAUUUUACUGACUGUACAAUUAAAUUUGGCAAAUCUUACUUGUCAGGUGCUUUAGUCACACUGAAAACAACAAAUGUGAGACGCUGUUAUGGUAAAUGAAUGCAUUUCCCUGUAACUGUCAGAUAGGACUAGUACACCUGCUGCAACUCAACUUAAAAGACUUUUAUUUUUUCUGAUUUUGAUUUCAUUAUGUUUUGCUGAUUAUAUGGCUCGAGCAGGUGUGUUCUUUUGUCUGUAUUAUUGUGGCUGUGUGAGACAGAGACCGACUAUAAAUCAUGUGCAUUUGAGCAAUUCAACAGUAUUUGAUUUCAGAAUUUUAAUUGUGUAAUUUCAUUGCAAAUAUCCAGGAACACAUUAAACAUAUGCAAACAGUUUUCUUGUCAAACCUACACUGCCAGCCAAAAUAAAUAUUAUAUUAGAGUUCACUCUCAAUCAAUACAUUUGUUAAUAUAUUAUAAAUAUCUGUUAAUGACCUUGGUGUUGAUCUUUGUAAUUUAUCUGACUAAUCACAGUUUCUUAAUACCUGGGUCAAUAUAUAAUUGAGGGACUUUUGAAGUCCAUAGGAUAUAUCUGGUAUAUCAACCCGGUCUCACGGGGAUUCGUGAAACUGUCACGUAAGUUUUAGUUUCGGUUUCGUGCGCACCAACACGAUUUCGUCAUGUUUUUCGUGCCGCUCACCACGAAAUGUUUUUCGCUGUGGUAAUCACAUCUGAAAGUGGUUUAUACCGGCAGAUUCAUGACGAUCUAAGCUGUCCAUCGGCGUAUACUGCUUGUGUGAUCGCGUUUGCGGCCGCCGGCCGCCGGACAUUCUUGAAAUUCCUAUGCAAAUUGGUAAGUGUACCACCGGCUUAUGGUUAGGUUAUGGUUAGGGUUAUGGUUAGGGUUAUGUUUAGGGACGAUGUCAUGCAAAAUAUAGCGUUGGAUUCGCCACGGUUUUACAUUAAAAAUAUAAUAUACACAUUCUUUUGAAAUACGUUCUGAGUGGCACGAAAAGUCCGCCGUUUAAAAUACAUUGGUGCGAAUUUCGUGGUGAGCGGCACGAAAAACAUGACGAAAUCGUGUUGGUGCGCACGAAACCGAAACUAAAACUUACGUGACAGUUUCACGAAUCCUCGUGAGAUCGGGCUCGGUAUAUAUAUAUAUAUAUAUAUAUAUAUUUUUUUUUUUUUUUUUAAAGAAUGUUUUUAAUGUUCAUUAUGAUCAUGUCUUUACAAAUUCCAUCAUUAUUUAUUAUGGAAACAAUCACUUAUUAAUAAAAAAUGACUGGAUAUCACUAAAAUGUCAAUUAAAUAACCAUCCAAAUUUAAUACCAACCAUCUUCUAAUUAGCUAAACAAUAAUAAAAUUAAUUUAUUAAAAAAUAGUUUUGAUUGUGUUCUUUUUAUUAAGUUGAGAUCAUCAUGACAGAUAUUUCUUUUUUGGCAAUAUAUCAAAUUUUAUAUAGAAAAUAACAAAUUCUGUGUCCGAGAAGUUCCCCGUUACAAAAACACCUCUCAAGGAAGUGUGUUGAUUCCAGAUCACAUGACCUGCUCCACAUGAUGUCAUUUCCUCCCGAAGAAAAGACUGGAAGACUCCAAGACUUUCUGAGUUAUUUAAUAUAAAGUAGUGUGUGAGUCAAGUGUAGAUUUAUGGCAUGUCACAAGUUUACAGUGUCUUUAUAAAUAACUUUCAAUUUCAAUUCUAUUCAACUGUAUAUAUAAUAUUUUAGAAGAAUCUUUCUGUAAAAAUGCCAUGUGGUGUUUGGUUGUAGGUGGUCAUGUUGAUUUGAGGCCUGAAAACAGCAGAAAUGUCAACUAUGCUACAAAAAGUCCCACAAUUAUUUACUGACCCACCUAACUUCAGUUCAUUUUACCUUCCCACAGUAUCUUAAGUGUCCCAAACACUGAGCUGUUUAUAUGUAAAUCCCUAAAGAAUUUCUCUGUAACAUUCAUCUGUUUGAAGGUCCCAUAUAGUGAAAAUCCAUUUGUAUUAUAUUUAGUUAUUACAAACUUGCAUGUGCACAGUAAAUGCAGUUAAGAUGUGAAAACAUUUUCUUCUGCCAUUUCUCACUGCAUUCAUUAUUAACCAAUAGUUGUCCAGCUCUGUGCUGUCAAUCACAGCAUGUUCUUAAUGAAGGGGCGGGAACAGCAGCGACUCAUUGGUUUUCAGAACAAAAUAUCCUGUUUAAACAGCCCUAAAACCAGAAAUUACACAGUCAUGGUGGAAUGGACCACCUUUGGCGGUAUUUAGAGAUGAAAAACACACUUUGGGGACAUGUGAGAGGAGGCGCAAUAUGGACCUUUAAUGCUCAUUUGCCUGAUUGUGAGCAUGCAGUAAUGGCAGGAUCAAUUUUAACUGGGCUGACAACAUGCUAACUCUGAUCAGAUUCUGAUUCAAAUAUCAGACAGACUGGUUUUAUGCCAGAAAGCUGCCACCAACAAAGAAUGAAAGCACCGACAAAAGCAAAAAUACAGAAAUCCAUCCAUUCAUUCACUAUACCUGCCUAAAGCUGAAGGGAUCUGGAGCUGAUUCCAGCUGACAUUGGACAGGUUAACACACAUACAAAGACUAUCAAAGCUCCUCACAUUCCCACCUACAGCUCUUCAGCUCUCCCAUCUAUGUGUUUGGACUGUGGGAAGAAACAACACAGAAAUCCAAUACAGAAAUGUGAAAUAAGUGAAGCUGCUAACUUAAGUAUGUUAGAGUUAUUUUAAUCCCUUCCUCAAAGUAAAAUUCUGACUAAAAAUAAGAUUUCAGGGCCUUAUUGAGCAUUCUGUCUCUACGGUGUGGUUCAGAGGUUUCAUCACGGAGCCAUAUGAUUAGUUUCACCUGCUUGGUGCUCUGACCUUUUGGUGGUGCUUUAUUAGAAUAAAAGAUGUGGUGUUACUAUUAAAGACAAACAGACAUGCAGUAUUAUUUGUACAUUUGUUUAAUAUGUUUUCUGCUCCCGGUGACUAUUUAAAUCAAUAUAAUUUCUACAUAUUACCUCUCUUUAUUGUUAUUAAAUAAUUUUAGAUUAUUCCUAAUGACUUUUAUUUUUAACUUACUGAAGAUUAAAUCAAAAUGUGAAAAUACACGUUUUGACUAGCAGUGUAUAAACGUCUGUAUGUGGAUUGUAUAUUUCACCAUAAACACAGAAAGGAGCUAAUUUAACAACAGAUGGAGUAUUUUGAUUCUUCUUGCUUUGUAUAAAUCUGAAAUACUGAUUUUCUCACCCCUGCUUGGCUAUAACACACACUGAGCUAACUAUUUUCCUAACUGAAAUAAGACGAAGAGACAAAAGCACUUUAUUCUUCCUUGUACACCUUUGAAUGUUGCAAAUAAAUAUUUAUAUAUUU